AUGGGGAAGAAGAAGAAGAGAGUCGCUUCGAAAGUAUGGUGUUAUUACUGCGAUCGUGAAUUCGAUGACGAGAAGAUCUUGGUUCAGCAUCAGAAAGCUAAGCACUUUAAGUGUCAUGUUUGUCAUAAGAAGCUUUCUACUGCCGGUGGUAUGUCCAUUCAUGUUCUUCAGGUUCACAAGGAAAACGUCACCAAGGUGCCAAAUGCAAAACCUGGUAGAGAGAGUACAGAUAUUGAAAUAUAUGGAAUGCAAGGGAUUCCACCAGAUGUAUUGGCUUCUCAUUAUGGAGAUGAAGAUGAUGAUGUUCCAUCAAAGACAGCCAAGGUGGAUAUCCCAUCAACUCCGUUUUUAGGUGGAAUGGCGCCACCUCCUAUGGGUGCCGGAUAUCCUCCACGAACGAUGUUGGGAACAAUUCGACCAAUGUAUAAUCCUGCUCUACCAAUGCCUCCUAAUGCUUGGGGAGUGGCUCCACCUCGACCUCAGCCAUGGUUUGCUCAGCCUCCAGCUGCUUCAAUUCCCCCUCCUGUUCCAUACGCACAUCAACCAUUAUUUCCCGUGCAGAAUAUGAGGCCUCCAAUGCCAUCAACUAAUUCACCCGCAUUACAAGCUCAGAUUACUCCUCCUGGAUUGCCAACAUCUACACCUUCUGUCCCAGUUUCACAGCCUUUAUUUCCUGUUGUUGGAAAUAAUCACACAACGGCUCAAAGUUCUCCAUUUUCCGCUGCACCUCUGUCAUCAACUGUUCCAUCAGGAAAUCCUGUAUUUUCUUCAAAUGUCCCUAUGGAUGCACAUUUGGGCAUUAACUCUUCUGUGACAAGUAGUUAUCAAGCAAUAGGGCUUCAAGGUGGGACAGCAAGUAACUCCCAUUCUUACGCGUCUGGCCCAAAUACUGGUGGUCCUUCAAUUGGACCUCCCCCAGUAAUCUCAAACAAAGCUCCUGCUACUCAGCCCGCCACUAACGAAGUCUACUUAGUAUGGGAUGACGAGGCAAUGUCCAUGGAGGAAAGAAGAAUGUCUUUAACAAAAUAUCAGGUGCAUGAUGAAAGUAGCCAGAUGAGCUCCAUUGAUGCAGCCAUAGAUAAGAGGAUACUUGAAAGCAGACUGGCUGGACGUAUGGCAUUUUAG